GACGCAGCAAGCCAGACAGCGGUUCCCAUAAUGCCACAGGAUUUGAUGAGCCAGCCGACUCAAUUCUCUAAAUUUGAUGGGCAAUAUGGCUGCAAAAGAAGCUGACAUAGAAAAUGCUUCAGAUUUCAUGGAUGAUAUGGAUUCGCAAAAAGCUGGUGGAGGAAAGUCGGACGGCCGUCAGUCACAAGAAGCUGCCAUGCAAAAAGAGAAGCCGUCUGCGUCUGCUGAAUCUAAUAGAAAAAUAGAAGAGAGACGGGUUAUUCUUGUUGGCAAACUUGGAGCAGGCAAAAGUCAUAGUGGAAAUGGAAUUUUAGGAACUGAACAAUUUAAGAGUAAACAGUGCUGGUCCUCUGUAACUCGGAAAUGUGAUUACGGUACGGCCGUCAGGAAUGGAAUUAGAUAUCGAAUUUUUGAUACACCCGGAAUUAACUCACCUAAGAAUAUCAGUAAUGAAAUUGAUGUAGAAACUGAAAUUCGUCGAUGUUUAUUCUGUACGUCUCCGGGUUUCCACGCCAUUGUUCUUGUUUUGUCGGCUGCUGAAAGAAUCACAAACGAAGAUCUACAAAUGCUGAAAACCCUUGACAAGAUGUUAGGUGAAAGUUCGUUUAGGUAUAUGAUCCUUGUGGUAACCAAAUUAGAAAAUGACGAAUCUCUCUUGAACGAGAUGAUUGCAGCAGCACCGGAAGUUGCGAAACUAAAUGUUAAAUGCGAGGAAAGACGAGUUAUUUUUGGCGACGAUAAGAAAGAAAUACCACCAGAAUGUCUGCAAAAAUUUGAUAAAGUUUUAACAGAACUUAUUGAAGAAAAUACAAAAUACGGUAAAGAGUAUUACAGACACAAGUAUUACGACCAAGCAACUGGAAUACUGAUGCUAGAUAAGGACGAUUACAAGAAAAAGCAUCCAGAAAUAUCCGAUAGUGAGGCUUUUGAAAUAGUUAGAAACGAAGCAGCAGUUGGGCGUUCCCCACGGGAUAGCGAACUUCGAAAAAUUACAGAUUGUCAAUGUAUUAUUUCAUGAAGUUGUAUGUCUUAUUUUUGUAGAAUAUCAUAAAUCUUUGUCUGGUGAUGUA